AUAACUGAUCAUAUGAGAACAAACGUUCGUUUCAUGAAAUCGAUGAGCGAUCAUACUCGGCUUAAUCCGGAAAGGAGACUAGAGCGCUUAAGAAAUUUCAACGAACGUCUCAAUUCUUCUGCUAAAAGUACACAGGUUCUUCAAGAGUGGAAUAUGAAAUUGGAUAAGGAUUUACUUAAAAUUCCAGCACGUAUUUUACCCUGUGAAAAAAUCUUACUAGGUCGUGGUGUUCGAUAUAUAUGUGAUGGGAAAGCUAACUGGACCCGUGAGUUCCGAAACUGUUCAAUGUUUUGUAAUGCCAAAAUAAGUCGUUGGCAAGUAAUCCUUCCAUCGCGUUAUUGUCGUGAAACUCAAUCGUUUGUUCAAAUGUGUAUCAAGGUAGCAAAAAAUAUGAGUUUGGUAUUGGUCCCACCAAAAUACAUUGAAAUGGAUGACGAUCGUAAUAAGUCUUAUACAACCGCAGUUGAAAUGGCAUCAUCAGAGGAUCCUCAAAUUUUAAUGAUUGUUAUUCAACAACCCAACGAGGAAAAGUACUCUGUCAUUAAAAAGAAGUGUUGCAUCGAUCGUCCCAUAGCUUCACAAGUUGUGACUAUGAAAAUGAUAGCACCUACUUCAGGAAAAAGUGCAGGUUUGAUGUCAAUCGCUACUAAAGUUGUCAUACAAAUGAACGCCAAACUUCGUGGUAUUCCUUGGAUGAUUGAUCUACCUCUCAAGGGUCUAAUGACAGUUGGAUUUGAUGUUUGUCAUUCUUCCAAGGAUAAGAAUACCUCUUAUAGCGCCCUUGUUGCCACAAUGGAUGUGCGCUGUUCAUCAAGAUAUUUUUCGGCUGUUAGUAAGCACCAAAAAUUUCAAGAGCUGUCCAAUGAUAUUAUACUGCAUUUCACAUUCGCUUUGAGAGCAUAUGCUAAAGAACACGGAACUUUACCUGAAAGAAUUCUGUUUUAUAGAGAUGGUGUCGGCGAUGGUCAACUGCAUCAAGUAGUAAAUACUGAGCUUAACCAUUUACGAAUCAAGGCACAAGAAAUCUAUGAAGCGGCUGGAAAACAUGAAAUUGUACCACGUUUCGCUUUCAUAGUUGUUUCCAAACGUUUAAAUACUCGGCUGUUCAUUAAUAAUUGUAAUCCACCACCAGGAACAGUUGUAGAUGAUAUUAUAACAUUGCCGGAACGUUAUGAUUUCUUCAUAGUUUCACAAAGUGUACGCCAGGGAACGGUUUCUCCAACGAGUUAUAAUGUAAUUUACGAUACCAUGGGUCUCACUCCAGAUCGUAUACAAAUGCUUACUUACAAAAUGACCCACAUGUACUAUAAUUACACAGGUACCUGUCGUGUCCCGGCUGUUUGUCAGUAUGCACAUAAGUUGGCUUAUUUAGUUGCUGAAAGCAUACAUUGUCCACCCUCUCAAUUGCAUGAAAAAAAUUUAUACUUUUUGUAAAAGUUAAUAUUAAUA